AGUGACUACCUGUGCAAACCCUGGAUCCGCAUUAAAACUUCUCCAAGAGCGACAAAAUGACUUUGACCUCCUUUUGGUUGAGGUGCAUAUGCCAGAAUUUAGUGGUUUCGAGCUCUUGACCGUUGUGAAUGAUGAACUACCUGUUAUUAGUAAGCAUCUUCCUUGCUUAAUUUUUUUUUUAUCAUAUUGUUCUUCUUGAUACUAGUUUUUCGCUUGUUUUCAAUAAAAUAACUUUCUGGUAUGCAGUGAUGUCAACUGACAAAAGGUUGGAGACCGUUAAGAUAAGUUACGAGCUAGGAGCUUGUUUCUACCUCGUGAAACCUUUAGACGUUGACACCGCCAACAACCUUUGGCAGCAUAUGGUCUCCAGUAGGCACCCUCAAAGGGACAAAUUUGAUGGUGAAAAUGAAGAAGCAAGUUCAGAAGAGGGACCACAAAUUGCUGAUGCGUGUCGAAAUGAUCCGAGAAAAAGAAAGAAAAAUUACAAACGAAAAAAUGUAUUGAUCACUGAUAGUUCAAGCAAGCAUAAUUCUACCAAUCAUAAAAACAUAUCAGAAAAGGGAAGCUCAAAAUCAAGUGAAGGCAAACAAGGUGGAAAGAGAGAACAAAUCACAGGGCAAGAAGAUCAAAAGUCCAAAAAAUUGUCAAAAGGGCAAGUCGUCUGGGAUGAAUUCCUGGAGAAGAAGUUUCGUGAUGCCAUGGAGGCAUUAGGCAUAGAUGCUGUUCCAAGCAAAAUAGUGAAGCACAUGAAUGUUGAGGGAAUAACGCGAGCACACGUUACAAGCCAUUUGCAGAAAUAUCGUUUAAAGCAAAAGAAAAAACCAUGGAGCCCAUCAAUUCCUAUCAUGUUAGGACCAGGUGCUGAAAUGGGUCAGUUUAAUCAAUCUUCUAUUCAAUAUGGGCUUCUUAAUCUACAACCAGGCUACUUAAACAGCUCCGACAUGACUACUUCAGUUCCUGUGAGUCCUGCUGCUCCAUCUCAGUUACAACUGCCUCCAAAUUUCAGUAGUUAUCAACCAUGCCUGGACAAUUUGCAGCUUCAUCAAAAUAAAAAAGCAAACAAUAACCAAGGAACUUCAAAUUUUGGAAGAACGGGAGAGACCCAAGGGCUGUACUCUUUGAGCACCCAUGCCAACAAUAUGAACAGCUUUUUGGAGUUUGGAGCUGUGAAUUCUGGUUCAUUUGAAGCAUCCAUUCAGACCCAACAAAUAAAUAAUGAUGCUGAACUGUCAUCAUCCUUUGGAGCACUUAUCCAAGGGCAAAAAUUUGAUAGUGGUACUCAAGACUUGGAAAAUUUCAGAGCAAUUCAUCAGCCAACUCAACUAUCCAAUACUAUGGCCCAAGUAUCUGAUAGUGGUGGCAACUUUCCUUGGAUAGCAUCCGGGUCUACGGACACUGGAUUAAUUGGGAGUAAUUCCAAUGAUAUUGAUGCAAUGCCUAAUAAUGCAAGUGAACAACAUACUCAUCUGGUUUCGGAGAAUUCCCUGGCGAGUUAUGCUGAUAUUGAAGGGACAGCAAUGAGUACUAAUCACUUCUCAGUCACCGACUCUGGGCAGCAACAAAUGAUGAAGCAUAAUGCAUGUGAAGAAAAUACUGUUCUGGUUUCAGAAAUUAUGACAAAUGUCAUUUCUUUUAACUCAGUCACAGAUUCUGAACCGCAACCUAUGAUACAGUAUAAUGCAAUGGAAGAAAAUACUCUUCUGGUUUCAGAAAAUAUGACAAAUGUUGUAGCUGCUGAUGGAGGAGUAAUAAAUGCUAAUCAGUCCUCAACCAAUAAUUCUGAACAACAGUGCUCUGGUUAUCACGUUGUGGAGAACUCGCAGAUGAUAGAAGAAGAACAUUUCAAUCAUAUGACAGAAAAGUUUGCCUGUAGUGAUGAGACCUGGCGUCUGAUGCUCAAAGAUUCUUCUCAGCUUGACUUCAGUAGAAUGACAGAGGUCAUUGGAAAUGAUUCUAAUUCACUGUAGUCCGUGACCCCUUAUUAUGUUCAUCAACAUCAAUCCUUUGUCUCCCAUAGAACAGAUGAUAUAAAGAUCCUGCUUUGAAAAUGCACAGUACUUUUAAUAGGUUUCUGUGGAUUCCAGAGGAUUUCUGCAUGUAGUUUCCAUCCCGGGAGAGCAUGUCUUUAGCGACUUUUGCUGCAGAUGAAUAGUGUCUCUUUAAAGGCUAAGGUGUUGUUUCAUGGCUUUUGCUGAUGUUUCAAAAUUUAUGAGUUCACAUUUUGUGGAAUGGAUCGAUGCAGUUUACCCUAAAAUAAUUUUGUUAUGGAUAUUUUGUUGUUUAAGCUAAUUAAUUUGAUCUUCAAGCCAAUUUCUUCAAAAUCAAGGUUGAUGUGCUCCUUCUAUGGAUGUUGGUAGGGUUUUCUUUGGGAUUAUUGCUGCUUGCAAUAGGGGCAGAUAUCGUGGUUUUCUUUUCCUUAUUUCCCUCGGGUUUCGUGAGGUACUUGUUGAACCUAUAAUUUCCAAUCUAGGAAUGAGUAGGAAGUUUGCCACACCCAAAAUCUUCCUUGAAUGUUUUUUUUUCAGAAAAAUAUUUAUUCACGAAUUAGUAGGCAAGCUGUAAAUUGAAGUUAAAAAACAUGAGUAGGAAAGUCUAAACUGAAGUUUCGUCAACCAUGUUUCUUUUUCUUAUGACUCGUUUUUACCUUAAAUGUAGUAUUACAUACAUUUAUACCUAUCAGCAAAAUGUGCUUUGCUUGUAUUGUAUAAUAUAUCAAAAAUCUUAAUAUCCUAUAUUAAUUAGCAUCAAUCUAUUUUUCAUGAAUUGUAGAAUUUUGAAAUUUCUAUCACUAUGUGUUGAAGUAGACUACUGAUAGGCUGGUGGAAAUGCAUGUGGGUCUUACCAUCUAUUCCUUCUUUAGUUUGCAAUUCCUCGUUACUGUAAAUUUAAUAACCAAGUGUGAAUUGAUAUGGAUUUGCAUCAAUACAAGUUCAUUUGUUGGACUGCACUUAAGAAGUGUAAUGGUAUUCUUUGAGCAACUUACGCAAACCCAAAAUCUUCCUUUAACAUCACUACAAGAAAAUUAGGUAUUGCAAAUGCUUUUUAAUGUAUAUACCUUCGCUUAUUCGCGUCGGUAAUUUUAUUUUUGAUGCUUUUUAAAGCGACGUAAAAGUAUUGGCAAUGUGACCGACGAAAAUUAACUUGCCAACGCUUUUUGAAAGCGCUACUAAUUUCCAAUGCUUAUAAGCAUUGCUAAUUAUUGGCGCUUAUAAGCGUCUCUAAUUAACGACACAAUUAAAUAUUGCUAAUUGUCGACGUUUAUUAAUGUCACUAAUGUAUAUUUUAACGAUACUUUAAAGCAUCAUAAAGU